UACUGUUUUUUCUCUCUCUGAACUUGUGACGGAGUAGUGAUGUGACGUCAUCAGGCCGCGCCGCUCUCCUGCGUCUGUUGUGAUUGCUGAAGUGCACACACUACUGAGAUUUGUUUUGGAUUUCUACCACCGGCGAAACAACGGAUGGUUAAAGAUGAUGGCGUUUAUUAAAGAGGAGAGCGAAGACGUGAGGAUUGAAGAAACAUUCAGAGUCAAACAUGAAGAUCUUGAGGAGCAAACAGACCUGAAGGUGCUGAAAGAAGAGAGCCAAGUUCUUGAUGAAAUGGAAGAGAAAUCAUUCAGUUGCUCAGAGUCUGAACAGACGGCAACUAUGAACAAGUUCAUCUGCCCACAGUGUGGAAAGAGUUUCGCAAAAAAAGGAACUCUAAAAAGCCACAUGAGAAUUCAUACUGGAGAGAAACCGUUCGUUUGCCAACAGUGUGGAUGCAGUUUUGCUAAAAAGGGAACCCUUAAAGGCCACAUGAGUGUUCACUCUAAAGAAAAGCCUUACACAUGCCUGCAGUGCAGAAACAGCUUCACUCAAAAAGGAAGCUUUAACAGGCACAUCCGAGUUCACACCGGAGAGAAACCUUACUCCUGCGAACUGUGUGAGAAGAGCUUCACAACUGACCUAAACCUGAAGUAUCACGUCAGCAGUCACACUGGAGACAAACCAGUCAGUGUGGACGCAGUUUCACAGACCAGGGAAAUCUGAGGAAUCAUGUACGAACUCACACUGGAGAAAACCCAUUCAUGUGCGAUCACUGUGGGAAGACUUUCUCCAGCAAAACGAACCUCCAGGUUCACACGAGAGUUCACACGGGAGAGAAGCCGUUCAGCUGCCCUCAGUGUGAAAAAGGCUUCAGAUUCAUCGGAAACCUUCAGACUCACGUGAGAGUUCACACUGGAGAGAAGCCGUUCGUGUGUCUGCACUGUGACGCGAGUUACUCGUAUAAAAGACACCUGAAGCGACAUCUGGAAACUCAUUCUUCAGUGUUGUAAAUGAUUUCAUCAUCUUUUUAAAUCUGCCCAUUCACUCAGGAGAAAGGCAAUGGAAUUGUCAGCAAAAAUGUGUCAUUACACCUAUCGAUAUAUUUAUAUAUGUGUUUGGUGUUUUAAAUAACUGUGCAGUAGUCAUGGGAAGUUCAGAUCAAUUUACAGACCAUACGCUUAUUUCGCACGGCAGCCAUUUUAAAACACAAAAGCGAGGCUGCGGUGGGAAGAAACCCGGAAGUAAAGGAUUAGAAUUGGGUUGAUAGACGAUGCCAUCAUUCAUCACUGAUAACCGAUAGACAUCGUGAUCCUCUGCCCUGCCCCCCGUCGCAGCAGCAACCCGCUCACAAAAAAUACACACUUAUAUACACACUAAAGAAGAAAAGACACCAUCGCGUGGUUUAUAAAGCACAUAAAAAGUAAUUGAACGAAUUGUAUCGCUUAAAACUCUACAGCCGAAUCACUACAGAUGAGCGCGGUGCAUUCCUUAUGGCGUUAUAUAAGUAGACCAAAAUAAAAGCCUAGUACAUUAUAAUUGUUUCUUGUGUUUGGGGGACGUAUUUUAUUGGGAUUUGUUGGUUUAAAAAAUGCCAGCAGAUACCCAAAGGACCGUCGUAAUUUUCAUCCAAACCUUGCUCGCUAGCGAGCGAUAUUGUUAGACCGCCCCCUCCCAUUCAAAUUACACCAGAGUUACUGCCUGGGACAAAUAAAUGUAUUUAUUUAUCCGGCGCCCCAAGAAAUCUGGUUGCAGACCUCUAUCCAGAAGUAUUGCUGUAACAGCCGAGAGGAGAGGAAACGUCACGCCAGCAGGUCAAAUGGGCCACAGUGAGAGAGAGAGAAAUGGAGUUUACUUCGCAGUGAAAUAGGGUCUUCUGCUGUAAGUAUCAGUGAAAGACUGUCCAGCAAACACACACGCGGUGAAAGUGCACAUCUUCUGUGUUUUUAAGUAGUUGGAGCGUUGUAAAUACUCGCGCUCUCCUCCCUCACCAUAGUAAGCUACGGCGACAUGGCGCAUAUGAGAUAAAUGGCGUCAGUACACGAGAACCGGUUAUGAUUAUUACUGAACUGAUACCGAAUUGUCCCGCGUCUGCAUCGCGGUGCACCGAAGAAACAAUUAAUUUUGACACCCCUGUUACACCUGGCUCAGGGAUGUAACACAGUGAGGGAGACGACACGGCGAAGUAUAAUCAAAAAUAAGAUUUAUUUAACACAAUAAUAUAAUCAAAACAUCAGUAUCAGCAUGAAAAGCAAGUGAAUGGAUGCGGUAGGUGUUGUCAGUGAUGGUGUAUGGAUGCGAAACAAAGCAUAAUGCCCAAAUUGGAGGGCAGCUCUGGCCAACUGCAAAGUGAAGGGAUAGCGGCCCUGACAAACUCUCUGACGGGGUUUAAAUAAGGGCGCUGACCAGCAUCAGGUGCACUGAAGGCACGUCCCAAAUCUAGAAUAAAUCAAACACACAGAAACACAAAACAACGCAAUCCUAAUACCCCUAAUUAGUGAUGGGAAGUUCGGAUCAUUUUACUGACUCGGAUCUUUGAGUCUCGUUCAUCGAGUCAUUUCGUUCAUUUGGUUCAAUUUGCCAAAAUAUUAUUAAAAUGUUACGAAUUACUUCCAAACACAUCUACAAUUAGUUCACCUUUCGAGUUAUCUGGUUCUUGAGUCGUUCGUUCAUCACAUGAUAGAAUGACUCAAACCCGAUUGAGGACUCGAGAGGUGAACGAAUCAAUUCUCUUUCCGGCUCUAAACGCAUAUGAUUGGCCCGUGAUAAACGAAUGACUCAAACCCGAUAGAGGACUCGAGAGGUGAACGAAUCAAUUCUCUUUCCGGCUCUAAACACAUAUGAUUGGCCCGUGAUGAACGAAUGACUCAAACCCGAUAGAGGACUCGAGAGGUGAACGAAUCAAUUCUCUUUCCGGCUCUGAAUGCAUAUGAUUGGGUCGUGAUGAACGAAUGACUCAAACCCAAUAGAGGACUCGAGAGAUGAACGAAUCAAUUCUCUUUCCGGCUCUAAACGCAUAUGAUUGGCCCGUGAUAAACGAAUGACUCAAACCCGAUAGAGGACUCGAGAGGUGAACGAAUCAAUUCUCUUUCCGGCUCUAAACGCAUAUGUUUCGGGAUCUAUAGAGCUGUGCAUCGUUGGAUUUGCUCUUCAGUAUUUGGACUCUCAGUAGUGAUUAUUAAACCACACUGAACUGAGCUAAACUGAACUGAACUUAAACAAAUCCGAUAGAGGACUCGAGAGGUGAACGGAUCAAUUCUCUUUCCAGCUCUAAACGCAUAUGAUUGGCCCGUGAUGAACAAAUGACUCAAACCCGAUAGAGGACUCGAGAGGUGAACGAAUCAAUUCUCUUUCCGGCUCUGAAUGCAUAUGAUUGGGUCGUGAUGAACGAAUGACUCAAACCCGAUAGAGGACUCGAGAGAUGAAUGAAUCAAUUCUCUUUCCGGCUCUAAAAGCAUAUGAUUGGCCCAUGAUGAACGAAUGACUCAAACCCGAUAGAGAACUCGAGAGGUAAACGGAUCAAGUCUCUUUCCGGCUCUAAACGCAUAUGAUUGGCCAGUGAUGAACGAAUGACUCAAACCCGAUAGAGAACUCGAGAGGUGAACGGAUCAAGUCUCUUUCCGGCUCUAAAAGCAUAUGAUUGGCCCGUGAUGAACGAAUGACUCAAACCCGAUAGAGGACUCGAGAGGUGAACGAAUCAAUUCUCUUUCCGACUCUAAACGCAUAUGAUUGGCCCGUGAUAAACGAAUGACUCAAACACGAUAGAGGACUCGAGAGGUGAACGAAUCAAUUCUCUUUCCGGCUCUAAAAGCAAAUGAUUGGCCUGUGAUGAACGAAUGACUCAAACCCGAUAGAGGACUCGAGAGAUGAACGGAUCAAAUCUCUUUCCGGCUCUAAAAGCAAAUGAUUGGCCUGUGAUGAACGAAUGACUCAAACCCGAUAGAGGACUCGAGAGAUGAACGGAUCAAAUCUCUUUCCGGCUCUAAACGCAUAUGAUUGGCCCGUGAUGAACGAAUGACUCAAACCCGAUAGAGGACUCGAGAGAUGAACGUAUCAAUUCUCUUUUCGGCUCUAAACGCAUAUGAUUGGCCCGUGAUGAACGAAUGACUCAAACCCGAUAGAGGACUCGAGAGAUGAACGGAUCAAUUCUCUUUCCGGCUCCAAACGCAAAUGAUUGGCCC